GAGAACUGGUAUAUAACGACAGACGAGAGAAGAGGAGAGGAGACAUCCCAGCGAGGCUCAUGAAGUCGUGCCCUCAUCUUACCGCACACAAUUCCAUCCUUUCAGCAACCGAUCGUCAUGGCAGCAGCCAAAGCCACCGACAAAUCGUGCAUCAGCCACGUCGAGGAUAUUGAAGAGGGCCAGAUGGGCGACAAACCCGAUGUGGUGACCGGCACGGUUAAGCUCACCGAGGGCUCGAUCGUGUACAUUCCCACUCCCACCGCGGAUCCUCAAGAUCCUCUCAAUAUGCCCAAAUGGCAGAAGAUGGUGAUACUCGUGGUAAUCUCGAUCUUCUCAACGCUAGGACUGGCCCUUGUGUCUGGGUUUGGGGGUCUGCUGGGGUUCUACAUCCCCGAGUAUAGCGCUGUCGGCAAAGGAUACGAUGAUAUCACCCAUCUGAUGACCUAUCCUACCCUGGGCAUCGGCAAUCUCAUCGGAAUGCCCCUGGCAAUAGGCGUGGGUCGACGAAUCGUCCUCCUAGGAUCGACUGUCAUCCUCGUCAUCGGUGCGGUCCUCUGUGCCACGGCCAGAGACUUCGAGUGGCACUUAUCCUCGCGGAUGGUCGUGGGUCUUGCAGCUGGGCAGAGUGAGGCCCUAGUGCCCAUGAUUACGCAGGAGAUCUUCUUCCUGCACGAGCGGAGCAAGGCCCUGAUGGGCCAGAUGGCCAUCCAGGUGACUCUCACCUCCGUGUGGGUGUUGUGUGCCUCCCCCAUUGCGGAAGCCAUCACGCCGCAAUGGUGGUACGGGCUGGGCGCUGCUCUGGCCGGCGUGCUCCUCGUGUUGGCUUUCUGCUUCCUUCCGGAGACCAAGUAUGAACGGCCGGCGAGCUCUUACCAGGGCGAGGGGACACCCGAGGAUGUCAAGGUGGGGGAUCCACCCACGGAAACCUGCACCGAGCGUCCAGCGCUGGACUUUGACACUUACGCACCCCGAACGUGGAAGUCUGAUCUCCGCCUGUGGGUUGGCAGUCCAGACUGGACGAAGGUUCUGGAAGUCUUCCGGCAAACCUUCUCGCUUCUCCUCUUCCCCAACGUCCUCUGGGCCCUCCUCCUCAACGGCCUCACCAUCGGCGUCAAUGUGGCCAUCGGCACGACCUACAGCACCAUCCUCUCCGCAGCCCCUUACGACUGGCCCGACAGCAGCGCCAGCUACGUCAACUGCGGCCAGAUCAUCGUGGCGCUGAUCGCCCUCCCGCUGCUGGGCCACGGCUCCGACUGGCUGAUCCGGUACUUCGCGCAGCGCAACGGGGGCCUCCACGAGCCCGAGACGCGCAUCAUCCCGUUGAUCCUCCCCAUCAUCGUGGGGGUUGUGACAGCGGUGUUCUACGGCCAAGGAGCCGCCCACCCGUACGAGUAUCACUGGUUCAUCUACGCGUGGACCGUCGCCGCGUACUACUUCUGCUUUGUCGGGGCCAACAUCGUGGCUAUCACCUAUCUGCUGGACAGCUACCCGACGCGUGCGGGCCCCCUGCUGGUAAUCAUUUGUGCCUUCCGGGGGAUCAUCUCCUUUGGCACGAGCUAUGGGGUUGCCCCGUUCAUUGAGCGAAACGGCUAUGAGGGGACGUUUGGGACGUUUGCGGGGUUGACGGGGGCUUUGGGGUUGUUGGGCGUGCCGGUUUUCAUCUGGGGGAAGCGCAUUCGGCAGUUUACUGGGAGGUUUAUCAAGGAUUAG